AUGCAGCGCGCAGCAGAUGCCUCGGGGGUCCCGGGAGGCUCUGACGUGGGUUCGCAGAAGGACAGAGUGGUGAGCGAGGAGGAAUGGCUGCGCAAGUGGGAAACGGGGAACGUCGGGUUCCACAAGGAGCGAGGGCAUCCGCUUCUACAGAAGUAUCUGGAUGUUCUUUUAAAUGGCAGGACUGGACUGAGGAUAUUUUUCCCACUUUGUGGCAAAGCAGUAGAGAUGAAAUGGCUGGCAGACAUGGGGCACAGCGUCGUCGGUGUGGAGGUCAGCGAGCAGGCCCUGAGGGAAUUUUUUGCAGAGCACGGGCUCCAGUAUCGUGAGGAGCCAGUCCCAGAGAUCUCGGGAGCCAAAAAGUGGCAGAGUGCCUCUGGGAACAUUUCCCUGUACUGCUGCAGUAUUUACAGCUUGUCCAGCUCGAUAGUUGGCAAGUUUGAUGGGGUCUGGGACAGAGGAGCUCUAGUAGCUGUGAAUCCACGUGACAGACAACGUUAUGCCAGUUUGAUGGUCACCCUCAUGGAGAAAAAUUCUUCUUAUCUCCUUGUUACGGUUUCAUAUGAUCCAAACAAACACAAAGGCCCACCGUUUUAUGUUCCUGAAUCAGAAAUAAAAAGCUUGUUUGGCAACCACUUUGAAAUUAAGUGUCUUCAAAAAGUCGAUGAUUUCUCAGACAAACACAGGCAAUGGGGACUAGAUUAUUUUUUGGAGGUGCUAUAUGUACUCAAGUUUUUAGAUUGA